UAUUACUGUGACAUUAUACCCAACUGUUAUUCGAACUGGUGCAACUCUCGUCCACCAGCUGAUUUUGACAUUUCAAACAGCUGUCAAACUCUCCAAAACAUAAAGCCCUUCCCCAAAAGCGCGUUCUCAUCAAACUAAUCAAAUUAUCACUCUAGAAUGACAAACGUACGUAAAGAAUUUGCGUAAACGAUGUUAAAUAACCUUGGUUAUGGUGCUUGACGAAACGCGUCCUAUAUUACGAUGUUCCGCAGUAGAAGUUGGUUUGGUGGUGGAUGGGGGCGCCCGAAGAAUCCUCACUCUUUGGAGCACCUGAAGUAUCUGUACAAUGUCCUUUCACGCAACCAAACGGUGUCCGAACACAACCGUGGUUUGCUAGUGGAAAGUCUUCGAUCGAUUGCAGAAAUUUUAAUUUGGGGCGACCAAAAUGACUCUUCCGUUUUUGAUUUUUUCUUGGAGAAGAAUAUGUUGUCGUUCUUUUUACGCAUAAUGAGACAACGAAGUGGAGGCUCAAGCUUUGUUUGCGUCCAGUUGCUUCAAACGCUUAAUAUUUUAUUCGAAAACAUUAGGAAUGAAACGUCGCUGUAUUAUUUGUUGUCUAAUAACCAUGUGAAUUCAAUUAUUGUGCAUAAAUUUGACUUCUCAGACGAAGAAGUGAUGGCUUAUUACAUUUCGUUCCUGAAAACGUUGAGCUUGAAGUUGAAUGCUCACACCAUUCAUUUUUUUUAUAAUGAACAUACGAAUGACUUUCCUCUUUAUACUGAGGCGAUAAAAUUUUUUAACCAUCCAGAAUCAAUGGUUAGAAUAGCAGUGCGUACCUUAACUUUAAACGUGUACAAAGUAGAAGAUGCAAGUAUGCUUGCAUUUAUCAGAGACCGAACAGCAGCUCCAUAUUUUUCUAAUAUAGUAUGGUUUAUUGGGAAACAUAUCCAAGAAUUAGAUGCUUGUGUGCGCAAUGAUGCUGACCACCAAUCCCAAAACCGGUUAGCAGACUUGGUAGCCGAGCAUUUGGACCACUUACACUACCUAAACGACAUUGUUUGCUUAAACAUCACUGACCUAAACCACGUGUUGACGGACCACCUACUUCACAAGCUCUUGAUUCCUCUAUACAUAUAUUCCUUGACAACAGUAAGGAAACCAGGAGGAGCCGAAGCACUCACCAAAGCUCUAAAUCAAAAAUUUAGCUUGAAUGAAUCGAACGGAGGUAUCUCGCACGAACUUUCAGCUGGAAAAGUCUCCUGCGUUGUUGCUUUGUUCCUGUUAUCCCAAGUGUGUCUUAUCAUAUCCCAUUCACCCUUAGUGCAAACUCUAGCUUGGAUUAUCCUCAAAACCGAUCGAUCGGUGUUUGACAGAGGAGUUGAUAAGUUGUUGGAAACGUACGAGAUUGAGAUGGGACAAAGUGGGAAAGUCGAUGAAGCCAGUGGGUCUGAACUUAGCUUUAAAGAUGAUGUAGUAGAAGAACAAAAAAAUAUUACAGAUGAAGAGAAGCAGAGAUUGGCUACAACUCCUACAGAGAGUGAUGGCGUGUCAGAUAAGCCGUUCCUGGAGACUGUGUACAACGCGCUUGAUUGUUCUGAGAAUGACUACGCGGCACUUUUUGCUUUGAGCUUGCUCUACGCAAUGGCGUACAAUAAAGGAAUCAUGCCAGAUAUCCUAGAGCAAGUUUUAAAGCCGAAAAAGACGUACACUUCGAAAACUUCAUCGCGCGAUGUGCGUUAUACGUACAACACGCAUCUGGUAGAUAAACUUUUGUACAUAGUACUGCUUUCGUGCCAGCCUUCAUGUCGAGUGAGGUUGGUGACCCUGGAACUAGCUUUAAAAUUGUUAGUGCAAUUAGUAAUGGCGGAUGGAAAGAGCGUUUUAUUAGAAUCCCAUAAAUCAACAAUAGAGUCGGCUAAAACGCAAAGCACAGCCCUUUUGCGAAAUUUUUACAAAAGUGAAGAAAUAUUCUUAGAUAUGUUUGAACACGAAUACUGUGAUAUGUCAAAAAGUUCUUUAAAUGUAGAAUGGCUGUGUAUGGACAGCGCGAUACUGCUACCGCCCACCGGGACGCCUAUGACUGGAAUUGACUUUACGAAACGGCUGCCUUGUGGAGAGGUGGAGAGAGCGCGAAGGGCCAUCAGGGUCUUCUUCUUAGUGAGAAACGUGGUGCUAACUCUCAACGGCGAAAUGGAAACCCAGUUACCUCUUACCAACCCUCAAAGCUGCGUCCAGAUCGAUCAAGCAUUGGACCUGAGUAUAUCUCGUUAUAAUUCCGAUCUUAUUGCGUGUACGGUGCUCUGGAAGGACGGUACAAAGACGAGGAGGUUCCUAGUAAUCGAUGUCCUACAAUUGAUCCUCGUGGAACCCGAUACCAAGAGAUUAGGUUGGGGUGUCGCCAAGUUGGUGGGUUUUCUACAAGACAUUGAAGUGACAGGAGACAAGGACGACUCCAGGUGUCUUCACAUCACGAUCCACAGACCCCUAUCAGGGACUACCACCAAUCGGGUUCCGCUUCUUAGUGCCAAGUUCGUGUUUGAUGACAACAUCAGGUGCAUGGCAGCUAAACAACGACUAACCAAGGGUCGAAUCAAAGCACGCCAGAAGAAAAUGCAGCACAUAGCCCGUCUGCUCGAGAUUCCAGGACAGUCCGGCCCCCCGAGCCCCGCCUUCGUGGGCGGCGGUCUGUACAACCGCCCCACGGGCCGAGGAGUGCGCGACCACCGCCCCUUCGCCCUCUCUCGUGGCCCGGGGUUCGCCACCCCUCGCUGGGAGAGCCCUCCAGGAGUCACCCACCGGACGGACGAGUCGCGCAGACACCGGGACAGCGAUCCCAAGAUCACUGCCAAGAAAGAGGAUCGAACGCCUAAUCGAUCCCGCGACUCCUCGUCGAGUAGGACCAAGUCGCGGGAGGGCUCUCCGCGGAUGCCGCGCCCACGCUCGGAGGAGAUCCCGUUGGAGUUGAUCAAGAAGGCUCCGAAUUCUGUCAUCGACAUGGCGCCGAAGAUCGCGAUCGUUCCGAGGCCACAAGUACGGGAGGAUGAGGAAGCAGCGGCGAAGAAGCCGGAGGUAGAAGCCGACGUAUCGAUUAGUUCUGAAGAGACUUCGUUCAUUGCCAGUGAGAGAAGGAAUUCCAAAAAGGGGGGGAAUGUGGAGACCGUGUAGUAUACGGAGAUGUGAGACGAGAGUUUGUUGAGUUUAGUGUUGUAAUAAUUAAUAAAAAAAUUUCUUUGA